AUUUGUCUUUAACGCAGUAAUGUAGAGCGUUACUGUAAUCAGAUUACGUUUGUCUUUAACGCAGUAAUGUAACGUGCUACUGUAUCGCCAUUUUUCUUAAACACAGAAAAACAUGGAGUUAGAUCCAUGUAACAGCCGGCUGCCAUCCUCUGGUCUAGUUCAGGACUUCCUGUCUGUCCUCUCAGCUUCCUGUCUGUCCUCUGGUUUGAUUGGUUAUCCUCCCCUCCAGCAGGGGGAGGAGUCCAAGGAUGCUGUCAGGUUGCCGUGGUUUCAGCUUCUCGUCUUGUGGCAACUGUCGUCGGGGAUGUGUGCGUGUGCAGCUAAAGGGUGUGUGUGAGUGUGUGUGUGUGUGAGUGAGUGAGUGAGUGUGUGUGUGUGUGUGUGUGUAUGUGUGUGUGUAUAUGUGUGUGUGUGUGUGUGUGUGUGUGUGUGUGUGUGUGUGUGUGUGUGUGUGUGUGUGUGUGAGCCUUGAAUUUUAUAGCUGUGAGGGUAUAUGACGAGAGGAACAGGGAGCAACGGAAGGAAAGAAGAAGGCGUUGGAUUCAGAUUACUGUCGCUGCAGAAUCACAGAGAGAGGACCUCCAUCUUUGUUUCUGUCAAGGGGAGGAGAGGCUGAAGGGAGGAAAGAAGGAGACACUGAAGGAGACAUGGAUGGAGUUUGAGUCCUUGCUGAGCCUUCGGACUCAUGGCGUCUCAGGAGUCGUCCUCCUUCAGGAGGUUCUUCCAGCUCGUCGAGGACAGCGGACUCCGGACCUACGAUGGUCUGGUGAUCCAGAAUGCUUCGGACAUCGCCAGAGAGAGCGACCGCAUCCGAAACCAGAACAACUGGACCUACCUACAGGAGAAACACCAGAAGAAGAGACGCCAGGAGGAGGCCAUCAAGAGGAUUGGUGAAGAUGUGGCCAUGGCAACAGAAGGGGCCUACUCUGGAAAACACUUCAGGAUGGGUUUCAUGACGAUGCCGGCUAAGCAGGAGCGCCUGCCCCCCCAAAGCCAGGGCUUCACUGUCCGAUCCCAGUCCCUGCACUCUGUGGGCGGGGGGGAUGAGGACUCCAAUCCCAACCGGAAACAACCCCCCCCCAAACCCAGGAGAGACCCAAACACCAAACUGAGUGGCAGCUCAGAGGCGAUGAAUGGGGGGGCAGUUACCAGGACUGAAGAUCCAGAGAGCAGGGAGACGCCUGAGCCGACCGAGGCUCGAUGCCAUCUCUACAACGAGGACUACAAGAAGAUGCCUCCACCCAAACCCAAGCGGAACCCAAACACUCAGCUCAGCACCUCCUUCGAAGAGUCUUACAUUGGCAACCUCGGCAACAGGAAGUCUUCGAGUAUGGCAUCGAGAGACGAUGUGGAGCCGGUCUACAUCGAGAUGGUGGGAAACAUUCUUCGGGAGCUGAGUGGUCGGGAAGAGGACGAGCAGAGCGAGUCGGUCUAUGAGGAGAUGAAGUACCCGAUGCUUGAGGACUUCCUGCAGGAUGCUCACACUGCCAUCAUGGACUCUGAAGUCUGGGCGACCCGGGGCUGCGACAUCCCUCCCCCAUUCCCCAACCUCCUGACGCAUCGCCCACCGCUUUUGGUCUUCCCCCCAGCCCCCGCUCAGUGCUCCCCAAACUCCGACGAGUCGCCCCUCACCCCUUUGGAUGCCGGCCGGCUGCCCGUCAUGGAUAACGUUACCUUCAGCAAGCCGGGCGGGGCUGAACAUCCACAGAUCUCCACCCAGCAUCACAAGGACAAAGACAGAGACCGGGACAGGGACAGAGACCGGGAGAGGGACCUGUCCUCAACCCACACCAUCACCUCCUCCGGACGCUCAUCAGCUCCUCCUCUCCACUCAAACCCCUACAAGUCUUCUGGCUCCACCCACAGUGGUCAUGGUUACCCCCGCAGCCAAUCAGCAUGUCCAUCCCCGGUCAGCAUGGGACGCUCUCUGACUCCUCUGAGCCUGAAGAGGCCGCCGCCUUACGACACUCUUAUGGCGGGAGGAAGUAUUCCCCGCUCUUCCUCUUCCUCUUCCUCAUCCUCCCACCGCGGAGGAGGGGAGGGCAGUGCUAGACUCAGUAACUCCUCCUCCACUCACGGAUCAAUGCAGAAUGUGUCGAUGAGGUCACAGACUCCCACUAGCCCACUGGACGAACUCAACCAUCUGUUCACCUCAGGAAGACAUGUGACCAAGAAGGGAGGCAGGAAAAGUCGUGGCAGUGAAGGAGACUCCAGGUCACUGCCGAGGCAUGGAACCAGAGACAGGGAGGGGCAGAACAGUCCGGUUUCAGGCCGGAUGGGGAGGUCGUCUGUCAGUCCGACCAUGAUGCUGUCUGGAGGUUCAGGAGAAUCAAAGUGUGUUUGUAAACUCGGCCGCUCGGCGUCGACUUCAGGUGUUCCUUCACCUCAACGUCCCCUGCAGGACCCCCACCACCCAGCCCUCAGACAGAUGCCGUGGCUGUGCGGAGACGCUACCAUGAUGGAGAUGAUCGAGAGGAAGCGUGUUCUCUGUCGGGAGAUUAAAGCCCGUCAGCGUCCGGAGAAGAAUCUGUUGAAACAGGACAGCCUUCCCAUCCUGCCGAGCUGGAGGAGGAAGCCACCACCAUACUCUGCUCCCCCAAACACACACACCACGACUGUGUUCUGGGACACUGCCAUCUGAAGCACACACACACACACACACACACACACACACACACACACACACACACUCAGGCAGGUGUCGUCCUGUCUGUCGAAUCAGAGUGCAGGAUGUGCAGGUGUAGCAGAGGUUUCCUUUCUACUCGUUAUUUUUCUAUUUGACACUGAAAAGAUUCAGAUGGUUUUAAAGUCUGACCGUCGUGUAGCACAUUGUGUAAAACCAAUAUUAAUAAGUGUGUGUGGAUACACCUGAGUCUGUCAAAAAUGUUUUUGUAUUUAAAAUAUCUGUGGCGCUCGUCUGUGCGUGGAAGAAAAGUCAGUGGUGAAAUUUUAUAUUAAAUACAUUUUAUUAUAAUGAAAAAAAUAUUUUAAAGUGAAAGUUGAGAAAAUGUUGGCAUGUUGUUGUUUUGGUCUCACUGACUGUCCCAAAACCCACAUUCAUUUCAGAUUAACUCCAGAUUAUCUUCAGAUUAACUCCACAUUUACUGUAGAUUUAAUCCAGAUUAACUCAAAAUUAACUCGAGAUUUACGCCAGAUUAACUCCAGAUUAAUUUAACAUUAAUUCCAGAGUUACUGCAGAUUAACUCUACUCCAGAUUUACUGCAGAUUAAUUCCGGAUUAAUUUCAGAUGAACUCCAGAUUUACUUCAGAUUAUCUCAAAAUUGUCUCAAGAUUGACUCCAGAUUAACUCUACUCCAGAUUGACUCCACAUUUACUCCAGAUCUACAGAAGGUACUAAAGGUCACAUGGGUUACUAAAGGUCAUCUGAAGGUUUACUGAAGGUCACCCGAGUUAUUGUAGGUCACUUGAAAGUCACAUGAAGGUCAUCUAAAGGUCACUUGAGUCAUUGAAGGUCACCUGAGUUAUUAAUGCUCAUCUGAAGGUUGAGUGAAGGUUUACUGAAGGUCAUCUGAAGGUCGUGUGACAGUGUGUUUUCAGGCCAGUGGAUGAAUGUCUGUCUUCUGAAAGAAAACGUGUACCGAUCUUUGUGAUGAAUGUGAACAAGCUGAUUCAUUAGCAUGUCAAAUCAAUGGUUAGACUGAAGCAAAGCCUUCUGGGUUACGAUGAUGAAACCUGUAAAUCAGUUUAAAACCAUGGGGAGAUUACAUGUUUAAU